CCCACUGUGAGCGGUUUAGUCAGCGCUAGCCUUAUCGCAAUCGGUCUGCUCUAAAGAACCAGCGGAGAUGAGCUCUACCGAAGAAGAUGUUAUAAUGGCGAUUCCACGAGAACUCACACAAAACCCAUUACGGAAAAUAUGGAUGCCGUGUAAGAACGGCUUGCCGGAAAAACACAUUUAUCAGAAGAGAGUAUGCAUGACCAACUGUCCUACUCUCAUUGUGACUGUCGGCUUGCCAGCAAGAGGAAAGACCUACAUCUCUAAAAAGCUCACACGCUACCUCAACUGGAUCGGUGUACCAACAAAAGAAUUCAACGUGGGAGAGUAUCGAAGGGAAUGUGUGAAAAUCUACAAGAGCUUUGAAUUCUUCCGCCCUGAUAAUGAGGAAGGGCUGAAGAUACGAAAGCAGUGUGCUUUGACAGCACUCAAUGAUGUGAGGCAGUACCUCAGUGUUGAGGGUGGCCAUGUUGCUGUGUUUGAUGCCACAAACACAACCAGAGAUAGGAGGAGCACAAUCAUUACAUUUGCUGACCAAAAUGGAUACAAGGUGUUUUUUGUUGAGUCUUUGUGUGAAGACCCCAAGAUUAUUGCAGAAAAUAUUGUGCAGGUGAAGUUGGGUAGUCCAGACUACAUUGACUGUAACACUGAAGAAGCCGUCCAGGACUUUAUGAAGAGGAUCAAAUGCUAUGAGAACAGUUACCAACCACUGGAUGAAAACCUUGACAGAGAAUUAUCAUACAUUAAAAUAAUGGACGUGGGUCAGCGGUAUUUGGUGAACCGUGUUCUCGACCACAUUCAAAGCAGAAUUGUAUACUAUCUAAUGAACAUCCACAUUACACCACGCUCAAUCUACCUCUGUCGCCAUGGAGAGAGCGACCUUAACAUCAGAGGUUGCAUUGGAGGGGAUUCAGGCCUGUCACCCCGCGGGAAAGAGUUUGCUCAGUGUCUGGGCCAGUUUAUUCAGGAUCAGAAUAUAAAGGAUCUCAAAGUGUGGACCAGUCAGAUGAAGAGAACUAUUCAGACUGCUGAAGCAUUGGGUGUACCAUAUGAACAAUGGAAAGCACUCAAUGAGAUUGAUGCUGGCGUUUGUGAGGAGAUGAUGUAUGAGGAGAUUCAGGAACAUUUUCCUCUGGAGUUCGCCCUCAGGGACCAGGACAAAUAUCGCUACCGCUACCCUAAAGGAGAGUCAUAUGAGGAUUUGGUCCAGCGAUUGGAGCCUGUCAUUAUGGAGCUGGAGCGACAAGAGAAUGUUUUGGUUAUUUGUCAUCAGGCUGUGAUGCGCUGUUUACUUGCUUACUUCCUGGACAAGAGUGCAGAAGAGCUGCCAUACCUGAAAUGCCCCCUUCACACAGUUCUGAAGCUCACCCCUGUGGCCUAUGGCUGUAAAGUGGAGUCAAUCUAUCUGAAUGUGGAGGCAGUGAACACUCACAGAGACAAACCGGAGAAUGUGGACAUAUCCCGUCUUGCAGAAGAGGCCCUUCUCACUGUUCCGGCCCACUACUGACCUAUGACACCCCAUCCCAUACAUCAGCAACACUCCAUCAGCUAAUUUCAUCCUUUAUCACGCCUCUCAUUGGUUUCGGCGCACUCAGGAACAUUGGGUGGAAUAUCAGUUAUGAGUCCUGAAGAUGAGCAACUUUAGGGCUUGUAUUUCUAUUUUCUUCCGUUUUGAUUGCCAGAUAGAUAACUGGAAUCCAGUUAAUGAUUAAUAACCCUAGUGCUGGGGUGUGUGUGUGUGUGUGUGUGUGUGUGUGUGUGUGUUCAUACAUGUAGGUCGGAUCUGAAAGUGAUGGAAUUUCCGGAAGAAUUUUGUUUCAGUAUUUUUGUACUGAAGAUUUUUUUGUUUUGUUUUGUUGCUAGAAUCGUCAACUUGUUUUGUAACUGGCUACAAUAAUUGUAGCAAGAGUGUCUUCUCACUUAAUGAUUGUUCAAUGUAAGAUUUUGAUUUAUUUGAUAUAUGAUUCAUGUUUUCUUUUCUUUUUUUCUUUUUAAAUUGCUUUCUACCUUUUCUCAUUUCCUUAGGGCAGGCAAUAUUUGACAUCUUAAAGGGUUUGUUUGCCCAGAAAUGUUAAUUCUGUCAUCAUGUACUCACCCGCAUGUUGUUCCAAAUAUGUACAAGGCACUUUCUUUCUUCCAUGGAACACAAAACAUGUUGGGCACUGACAGACUCCACCACCAUUGACUUUCUUUGUAUGGAAAAAUAUAUAAUGUAAGUGAAUAGUGAUUGAGUCCCUAACAUUUGCCCUAACAUCUCCUUUAAUGUUCCAUACAAGGAAAAAGAAAGGGUUGGGAAUGACUUAAGGGUGAGUAAAUUUAUGAUAGAAGUUUCAUUUUUGAACAAUAUCAGUUCAAUCAUUCUGACAGAGGUAGUGGGUUAGAAAAAGGGCUUUGGAUGUCAUUUAACACUAAAUGUGACUCAUAGUCUGUCUUAGUUUGUCAUUUACAAAAAGUAAUUUUUCAGAACACUUGGAACAGUGUUUACUUUGUACAGUGUUGCUGGAACCAGCUAAAUAUUUCAGUUCAUCAAAAGCAUGGGAUUGUCAGAGAAACCAUUUAAUUCAGAAAGAAUCAGAAUUGUGAUCAGUGAUAUUGAGAUUUUGAGACUGUGCUUUGCCGAACAAUCAUAAGUGUCCAGAAAAUUCUGUUUUUAGGAAGCCUAAAGUGUUGCCAAGAAGCUUCAAAUAUAUUCCAUCAAAGUAUACAUUUACUACAAAAGCCAAAUACAAUGUUUACAUUAAAAAAAAAAAAGCUUUGUUACAUUAGCAAGCUGAUUUAUUGUUUUGCACAUUUAUACUUAUACUUUCCUUUACUACCUUUUGAAUUUUAUUUCAAUUUUUUGCACAAUAGCAUAUAUUUUCUGAAAUCAAGCAUUUUUGGUUUGAAAUAUAUUGAUUUGUGCUUAGUUGAUCUUUGGUUGUUUACAGUCUACAAUGUUCAUGGAGAUCAAGUUUGUGAAAUGUUUUCAUCUCUUAUUGUCAUUAUGUAUAAUACCUGGACUUUAUAUGUUUUUCUAUUAUUUGAAGAGCACUUCUGAAAAUCAAAUGGAAAGAGCUCUGUGAAUUGAAUCUGUUUUGAGAGUCUUGUCUGUCUUAUUGGUUUGGAUGACUCUACUAAUGUGUUGGUUCUCAAAUUAGACGCACAAUGUCAAAUUUUCUGGGAGUACUAACAUUAAACCAUUCUAAAGGUCACCUAGGACUGGCUCUGAGUGAUUUAUUUAUAUUUUUAUGCAGCCUUAUGGCAGACAUUUUCCUGCAAGUUGACAGUAUAAACCAGUUUUUAAACAAUAGAUUAUGGGUGUUAUUAUUGAGCAAUCUGGAUUUAUGGCACCCCUGUAAUAAAAACUCUUUAAAUAGAGCGACAUAUCUAUAGGUCAAAAUAAAUAUACACACUGAAAAUACAUAUCACACAUUAUCUAUAAAUCCCAAACUAAAUCCAUUCUGAUAGAGAUGUGUGAGGAAAACAUGAGGGACAUAUUUUUAAGAAAUACUCAUUAUUACACAGAUGUGAAAGCAUCCUGUAAUACUAUACUCAUACAUCGCAAAAUUUCUUUUGAAGUGAUAAUGUCAGUGUUCUAAUAUCACACCUAUAGCAAUUAGGCUCAAAUGUGCACACUGAUGGUUAAUUAACAGUGUUUACGCGAACCAUACAUGAUACUAAUGUGUGCUGCCAUCCAUGAGCAAAUGCAUGUUUUAGUGAUGCUCCAUUAUGUCUGCCUGUCCUCUGGCUCCGCC